GGAAACAGCUCUAUGAGAAGACAGAGCAAAUGCUUGGAGUCUGUUGAGGGGAAACGCCGGUGGCUGGAUUGUGGGAAAUUCCAGUGGGCUCCUCUAGGAGAACACCCACCACAACACCACAGGGCAUGUUGUUAAAUUACACAGUCUCUAAUUCAGUCAGUUGUCUUCAAGCUUCAGGGCACAUUAGGCACCUAAAGCUCUAGCCACAGUUAAAGAUUUCCAGACUUCUGGUGGCAGGUGGGGCUGGGGUAGGAGAAUGGGGGGGUCUGGUGCUGGAGAGAAGUCCGGUGUAGAGGCGGCGCUGGAGUGGGAGGGGGGCACCCAAUGCAGGAGGCAUGAGCUAUGUGCCCUGGUCACUGACAUCUCAGAAGAUGGGUGGAGGAGGGUACAGUCUUAAUCCUGGAGACCUGUUCCCUCCUCGGGUUACAGAAGAGAUGAAAGCAAGACAGAUGGUCCCAGACUGGGAGAAACAGAGGGUCCCAUUCACUCACCUCUGCCCUGUCCCUACAGCUGGCUGCUGGGAGCUGGUGAACACUUGGUGCAGCCUGGUGAUACUCACUGCCCACUUGAGGCAGAGGGGGCAGGUGCCCCCAGAUGGUGAGGGGGCAUGGAGGGGUGCUGGGGAGAAGGGGCCAAGGGUCCCCAGGCAGAGGUACCAGCCCCUGCCUUGCCUUCCUCCCUACCCUCCCAGCGACCAUUGCCCUCCUGGCUGAGGAUGGGCACCUGGUGAGCCUGGAUGAAGGGGCUUCCCAGGCCCCUUCCAUGGGCAGCCCCCUGCUGCAGGAGCGUGGGACCUAUGUCCUUGUGCAGAUCAUCAAGGGGGAUGAUGGGGCCCCCACCCGCUAUGAGUCCCUACUGGAGAACCUGGAUGACCAGUGUCCAGAGCUGGCAGGUGAGUCUCACACUACAGCCCCAGGGGGAGGGUGCGCCUUCUCCCCACCUCCCAUAGAUAGGGCUUCUUGGGCCUUCCAGAGGAGCUUCGCUGCCUGUCAGGCCUACAACCCACAAGUGAUGGCCGGAGGAGGCGCACGAGCACUCGGCGUGACCACCAGGAGCAAGGCCCCCUUUCAAAGCCACGAAGGAAGGGAUCCCUGCCAUCCAGGACCCGUUAGCUGGGGCCAGGAGCCAGGUAAGGAGGAGACACAGACACCUGGAGGAAUGCUCACACCCAGAAGUCCCAGCGAACAGACUUAUGUGUGCUGAGAGGUAGACUCCAAACCCCCCUCCCCCAGAAAACCCCACACGCAGAAGUACAUACAAGCUAGAACACAGUGCACCAAGAGACAUUCCCACCACUCCACUGGAAUAUAAACGCCCAAGGGCAGGAACAUCCUCAGUGCCCCCAGAGAUAUCGAAUAGGGCCUGGCACACAGUAGGUGCUCAACACAUAGCUGGUGAACUCAAGGAAGGCAGUAGCACAGAGCACAUGAUAGUGAGGUCUGCCCUGGGAUCUAAGGGCCUGCUUCUCUGUUUCAGCAGGCCCUGUGACCUGGCACAUCACAGCCAAGUGGCUGAGCUGGACUCAGAUCCAAGGGGGUUGGCCAUGACCUCUGCCAUGUGUGAUCAGGCCCAAACAGAUAGCAGCCCAGUGGCAUUCUUCUUGCAGAAUCUGGAAUUACUGAGAAGCUGCCAUCAGCAAGAGGAGCAGGGUCACAGACUGGACGUGAGGCCACCAAGGGGGAGCCCCUAAGAUGUGGGUGCAGAGAAGGGGAUCCAAAGGUGUGG